GCCCCGGAAGCCUUCCUGUUGUGAUUGGAGAGAGCAUAUGUCUAUGGGAGAAAGCGAGGUUAGCAGCUACGACUGUUUGUUUCUCUCAGAAGAACAUAACGCGUGUGUUUUAGGGAAAUUAUAGUGGCAACGGCGUUCAGCCAUGAUCAUCCCUGUGCGGUGCUUCACGUGUGGAAAGAUAGUUGGUAACAAAUGGGAAGCAUACCUUGGUCUUCUUCAAGCUGAGUACACUGAGGGUGAUGCCCUCGAUGCCCUGGGCCUGAAGAGGUACUGCUGUCGGAGGAUGCUUCUUUCUCACGUGGAUCUUAUUGAGAAGUUGUUGAAUUAUGCACCGCUGGAGAAAUGAAAGCUAGAAGAACUGUAUGGACUUUGUGGGGGCUGUGGUUAUAAGAGUGUGUGUUGUUAAUGUGAUACCAAAUGGCGUGCAUAAUGGAGACUUUGACAGUGUUUGUUUGUACGCCACUUUGAUGAUACAUUUUUCUAAAUAAAGUGAUUAAUGGCAUUGUUA